GAAUCUUCAUCAUCAGGAACGAUCAUCUUCUUAAUGGGAUCGUUUGCUAUUUUAAUUCUGCCCUUCCCUUCCUUCGUUCUGUGAUUUCCUCCUUUCCGUCUGCCCUCUUCACCUGUGGACACACGCGCAGUUCACUCGUAUUCACCUUCCCCUUCCCUUUCCCAUCCUCCCCCCCUCCUUCACUUAUCAGGCGCGGUGAACCCAUGACUUCACCCACAUGUCUUGGAUCCAUGACAUCGUCGCAACGCGCUGUUUACUACAAAUUUCUCAAAUGAAAACAGUACCUUCGUCUGCUUUUGCGCGCUGCCACAAUGUGCCCUGUCCAUCUAUAGUAGUGAGCUCUACGGACCCUACCGCGCGAAAGCGGCUGUUGCCAUACGUCUACGUCUACGCUUCAUACCACCUACUACCGCAGAUUCCGUGCCUGAUCCAGCAUCGCAGCGCAAGAUAGGCCGCAUGUGUAUUGUCGAAGAGUAUACCGCUUCGUACCCUGACGUCCGACGAAGGCGGGUCCUUCAGCGGUGCCUCUUGGGGAGAUCGUUAGGGUACUGUUAUCGCACCCAGGUGGUCAGCCCUGGCGAGCGCAUCCCUGAGCGCCCGGCCAGUCAGUUUCAGUACAGGAAACCCAGAAGUACUUAUCGACCGGCCAUGCAGUCACUGCGCGAUCUGAUCGUCGAUCCACGGGAGCCGGCGCGGCGGAGACAGUCCCCAAACUAUCCGCGACGAAUGCCCGCGCGACGAAGUGACCCUUUUCGAGUUUUCUUUCCGUUCCUUCGACGAGCAUCUGACAGCGAUGACGUGUGGAAGAACGACGAAUAUCGGCCGCGAGGUCGGGGACGGUCGCCUCGGCCGGUCACUAUGGCACGGGAUGUACCGCCCAUCAAACGUGAACCCCGGAGCGUUCCAAGGAGACGGCCUCUAAAUUCAAAAGUCAGGGUGGUCACCCCACCACCAGAGCCUCUAUAUAAGGAGGAACCACUGCGACCACGGCCCGGAAGGUCACCUGCUUCGCCUUCUCUCUCACCCCGGGAUCCAGGUACCUUCCGUCGUCCAGUCAUUAUUCAUCAGGAGCCAAAGCCACGACCAAGCCCAAUGCCUUCUCCAGGCUCAUCUGGCUAUCGAUUCAGGAAUCCAUGGCACAGUAGAUCCCCAUCUCCAGGCCCCUCCAACUGGCGUCGCAAGGAGCCACGACCAAGUCCAUCAGUAUUCCCAGGACCAGCAAAACCUCAGGAGCCACAGCCGCAACCAUCUCCAGAAGGUGCACCAAGUACUAAUGCUCCAGCAGCACCUGUCACCCCUCCCAAAAAGAAAGAGCGACGUCCCAGGGAGCGUUCCCCAUCUAUCGAGCGUGUGCCAAUCCGCAAAACACGUUCCACCCCAACCGUUCCGGUGGAGGUGCACAACCCCCCAGCUCCAGACAGCGGCCCCAAGCCACUUACAACGUCAAACACCACAUCCCCAGGGAGUGGACCCCGCCAUGUGCAGUUUUCUGACAUAGUGGAUCAUCUCUCUAUAUCCGGAGAGAGCAAUGCUCCCUCGUCUCCUACCGGCCCUCCGCGCUUCUAUAGACAAUUUGCCAGCGCAAGUCGUCGUAGGUCCCCAACUCCGGGGCCUACACCAAGAGUAAGAGAAGGACGAGGUGAUUCAAGCUCCCAAAGAACCCGAUAUGUGUAUGCGUCUCCUGCUGCGAGUCGUUCAUAUCCCCCGGGCGUUGAGGUGCUGAUUGUGACUCCGCGCAGGUAUCGACCAGGAGGAAUCACUCCACCAAUGAGCCGAGAAGCCGUUGACAUUCACGAAGUCGAACCCGGGAGAAGCAUUUCAUGGUCUGGACGGGCUGCUAGGGUGGGUUUAGAGGGGAGCGGUUGGCGGGUGGAACGUCGGCCCAGACGUGGGAUGGGGAGGGAGGAGCUGGGAACAGGCGCGAGGCCGAGGAUCGUAUCACUUUCACCGCCGAGAGGGCGAUGGAGACCCAGAAUGCGCCAGACUGAGCGGUAUGGGGGGUUCGAGUCGGGCGAUGAACGGGUGGUUAGGAAUGAGGGUGGUUCGGGGCGUGUCUGGAGGUGGCUGUAAGAAUUAGGGUCAUGGUGGAAGUUUGUAAGAUGUUGUUAGUAGUGGACAUUUCGGGCUAUUCCUUAUGUUGAUGAUGUUUAUUGUCUUGAUUAAAAAAAGAAGAACAUUGUUUAUUGUUUG